CUCUGAAACAUACGUAUGAGUUGCAUCGUUAACCAUCGAACGCACGAAUCGUGUUAUUCGUUCUCGUCCGAAGAUGCAUUCUCUCCGAGCGCUGAGGAAUGAAGCGAUACCGCGAGCAUGCCGCGUCCUUGCCGACUUGUCCCGCAGAUCGAUCACGAAGAUGACGGUGCGGGACACGCUGAAUCAGGCCCUCGACGAGGAAUUAGCCCGAGACGAGAACGUAUUUAUCAUAGGAGAGGAGGUGGCGGAAUUCGACGGCGCUUACAAGGUGACGCGUGGUCUUUGGAAGAAAUACGGUGACAAGAGGUUGAUCGAUACGCCAAUAACCGAGGCUGGAUUCUGCGGUAUAGCUAUAGGCGCGGCGCUCUUGGGUCUACGGCCGAUAUGCGAAUUCAUGACUUUCAAUUUUUCCAUGCAAGCCAUUGAUCGCGUCAUUAAUGGCGCCGCGAAGAAUCUCUACAUGUCCGCCGGCAGAUACCCCGUUCCCAUUUUAUUUCGUGGCCCGAAUGGCAGUGCCAAGGGUCUGGCUGCGCAGCAUUCCCAAUGCUUCGCCGCAUGGUACAUGAGCGUGCCAGGGCUCAAAGUUGUGUCGCCAUCGACUUGCGAGGAUUACAGGGGCUGCCUAAAGGCUGGCGUGAGAGAUCCCGAUCCCGUGGUGAUGCUGGAGAGCGAGUUACUUUACAAUAUCGAGUUCCCAUUGUCUGACGAAGCCCUGGACAAGGACUACCAGGUGCCAUUCGGCAAGGCUAAGGUGGAGAAACCCGGCAAACACAUCACGUUGGUGACGCAUGGCCAGGGCUUCGUGUACACGCUUCAAGCGGCUGAGAUAUUAGCCGGGCAAGGGAUCGAGGCGGAAGUCAUUAAUCUGCGAUCAUUGAGGCCCCUGGACUGGGAUACCGUCUUCAAGUCGAUUGGCAAGACGCACAGACUGAUGACCGUCGAGCUGGGAUGGCCUCGAUGCGGCGUGGGCUCGGAAAUCGUAGCGACGGUGAUGGAGAAUCCGGUAUUCUUCCAACUGGAUGCGCCCGCGGUCCGAUGCGCCGGAGUCGACGUCCCGAUGCCAUACUCGGAGAAGAUUGAGUACGAGUGCACCCCGAAGGAUCAUCAUAUAGCCGAUUAUGCUAAACGCGUUUGCGGCUCCAAAUUUUGAUUGUAUAUAUUCGCUUCUGUGUAUGUGUAUGUAUGUGUAUUAGCACAAAUAAAAGCUUGUACUCACUGAAGUAUCUGGUGACU